GCAAAAUGUUGAAUAAACUCAGCAGAAUUUCAGCGUGUAAGUCACUGUUUAGUUUUUGUAGAAUUAAUGCAAGUGGAAAAAAUAUUGCAGCUGUUCGAAAUUUAUCGAUCACGUCCACUAGACUCGAGGAAAAAAAAAUUAAUGUUGAUGGUAUUGAUAUUAACUAUCUGAAAACUGGAGCAGGAAGUUAUCCAGUGCUCUUGUUACCCGGAGCCGUUGGAACCAUUUGGACAGAUUUCAAGCCACAAAUUGAAGGUCUCAACAAGAGUGAGUUCACAAUAGUAGCAUGGGAUCCUCCAGGUUACGGAAAGUCGCGACCACCGGAAAGAGAAUUCCCAGCGGAUUUCUUCGAGCGUGACGCUAAAUACGCCCAUGAUUUAAUGAAGAUGUUGGGCUUCGCCAAGUUUUCUCUUGUUGGUUGGAGUGACGGCGGGAUUACUUCCUUAAUUCUCGCUGCGAACUAUCCUCAGAGCGUACAAAAGAUGGUCGUCCAUGGAUCCAAUGCUUUUAUACUGCCGCAUGAGAUGAAGAUAUACGAAAGUACUAAAAAUAUAGACACUUGGUCAGAGAGAAUGCGCGCUCCUCUUAUUGCAAUCUACGGAGAAGAAUACUUCAGAAAAACCUGGACUGCUUGGGUUGAAGCUAUGGACAAUAUUUACAAAAAUAAUAAUGGAGAUAUUUGUAAAAAUUCUCUUUCUAAAAUAAAAUGUCCUACUUUAAUUGUUCAUGGAAAAAAAGAUGUCCUGGUUGAUCAAUCACAUCCUGAGUACUUAAAAAAUAAUAUUCCUAAUUCAAGGGUUGAAGUUUUUGAAAAAGGAGCUCACAAUAUGCAUUUAAGAUACCCUGAAGAAUUUAAUAAAUUAAUAACACAAUUUUUAUUACAAUAAAAA